UCUUCAACUUCACAUCCAGAGCUCACAAGCCGACGAACAGCUGCCAACAUGACCAUCAACACACUCAGUCAGGAUGGAGUGCAGCGACAGCAAAUGCCCUGUUUGACUAAGAUGGAGCGCAUGAUCAUAUCCAUGCAGGACCCUGAUAUGGGCAUCAAGUUGCGCAACCAGCGUCUCCUUAUUACGGUUAUACCACAUGCAAUGACUGGUAUAGACAUUGUUGAAUGGCUGAUUAAGAAGUUUUCUAUCUCUGAUGAAGAGGCAUUGCACAUUGGACAACUCUUUGUAAAGUAUGGAUACAUUUACCCUUUAAAAGAGCCCAGAAACCUUAUUCUGAAAGCUGACGAUUCACCAUAUCGCUUUCAGACGCCAUAUUACUGGAUGUCAACACGCUGGCCUGCUUCAGAACUGGACUAUGCAAUCUACUUGGCCAAGAAGAAUAUCCGAAAACAAGGAGAACUAAUUGAGUAUGAAAAGGAGUGCUAUAAUGCUUUACAUAAACGUAUCAACCACACCUGGGACUUUGUUGUGAUGCAGGCAAGAGAGCAGCUCAGGGCAUCAAAACAGCGUCGGAAAGCAGAUCGUAUAGUGCUGGAGUGUCAGGAACAAGCUUACUGGCUAGUGAACAGACCUCCUCCGGGGACACUGGAGAAUAUAGAUUAUGGACCGGAGAGAAGAACCAUGAACACACGAGUACAGCUGAAUGCUGAAUUCUACAAAAAAGAGAUUGAACAUAACAGGAUAAGCCUGGCAAGGAAUCGUGUAAAGUCCUCCAUUUGCCUUGAGAGUUACGUUAAGUACUGUGAGCAGUACCAGCCCCAUGACCCCAUAAUGCAAGGAUGUCUUCCCAGCAACCCCUGGAUCACAGAUGAUAUUAUGUUUUGGAACAUGCACUCUGAAACAGUUGCUGUGCCGACUAAACUGCGCGUGGAGCGCUGGAGCUUCAGCUUCAUGGAGCUGCUGAACGACUCAAUGGGCAGAAAAGAGUUUCUCACUUAUUUAGAAAAAGAAUUCAGCGCGGAAAACUUGUGUUUCUGGCAGGCCUGUGAGGACGUUCGUCAUGGCGAGACCUCAAAAAUUCCAGAGAAAGUGGAUGAGGUUUACAAGCAGUUCCUGGCUCCUGGUGCAAGUCGCUGGGUGAAUAUUGACAGCAAGACCAUGGAAAAGACGCUGGAAGGACUCAAGCGCCCUCAUCGUUUUGUCUUGGAUGACGCACAAAUGCACAUUUACUUCCUCAUGAAAAAGGAUUCAUACCCUCGUUAUCUCAAAUCCGAACUCUACAAGAACUUACUAGCCAGAGCCAUAGUACCACAGGAGACCAAGAAAAGUGUUUUCCCGUUCAUGCGUCGCCAGCGUCACUCCAGCCCCUCACCUGCCCUCGCCACCCAAAUCGGAGAGGAUGAUGGGAAGGGAAAGAACUCUAACUCUGUCAAAAGCAAUUCUGGAACUGCAUCCCGGCUUUAAACACACACACAUAAUUAACAGAUUUUUUAUUUUGUGCUACCUUAUGUUACCUAACAGUUGUAAGUGGAAUCUGCAUUGCUUCCUGUUGUGCUCUACAAAACAAAUGUUUUAGAAACUACAGGCCAUAAUUAAAAAAAAAAAUGCUUUAUUUCUCUGUUCACAGUUCUCUAUAUGAUAUCUUGUAGAAAUACAGCUUUCAGCAUUUUAAAGAUACAGUACAAUUUAUGAUGUAGCAAUAAUGCAAUCAGACAUUAAAUAUAUCAGUCUCACAAACUGUCAGCUGUUCUACAAAUGUUUCUUCAGUGUUUUAAAUGUAACUUGCU